UUUUAUCAAAAAGUACACCAAGAACAUCAACUCAGUAUAAUUCUUGCACCGCCAACAUCAACUCAGGAUUGGACUGCUCAGCUGAUGCUUCGAUUGGUAAUCGGAUUGUUAGCCAAGAAACUCUGCGAUCCCCCAACAUCUGCUCAUCACCUCGCUCGUCUCUGUCUCGUCUGUUCAUGUCUUCUAUUGACCGCACAGGCUCUACAACAAGGCCUCCUUUGCAGAUACAACCCUUAGUUCUCCACCAGUUUUAUAUGAAUACGUCUUACUCAGCUGAUCAUUGUUAUCGAAGUGCCUAUAUUUUCAGUUCAAUACUCCAUCUUUCUUCCAAAAAUGAAUGAUUCUAGUAUGGUUUUAUUUGGUUCCUUUAGUGAAGAUGAAACCAAAUCCUGGUUGACACAGUCACUUGCAAAUAAUAAAACGAAGUCUUUUGAGGAGAAAGUAUCACAUGAUGAUUCAUCAAAACCUGCCUCAGUAAUUUCUUUUGGAAGUUUCAAUAGCACGCCCACCACACAACCAGAUUUCUCAAAACGACAAGAUUCUUGUAUCACUCUCACUGAAGAGAAAGCCAGUGAUGUAAAUCCAGAAACCAAUGUCUUUUCUGGGGUUCAGAAAAAUGAAGGAAUUCCUAUCAAAAAUAGUCAUAAAGUAUCUCAACUGGUCGAGAAUGUCAAUAUUUCCAGUUUGUGCAUUGUUGAGAACAAAAAUAAAGUCAACGGUGAGAUCCAUGAAGCAACAAACAUUAAUGUGGGCUCAAGUGGAGAACAUUCAAAUGGGAUCAUUAGUUUCACAACGACAACUCAUUCUGGAGAUUUAGAUGUGUCUGAUGUGCCCCUGUACAUGGGUGACUUGCUACCUCGAGGCUUGAUCAACUCAGGGAAUUUAUGUUUCCUUAAUGCUGCACUGCAAGCCCUUUUGUCCUGCACUCAAUUUGUAGAGAUUCUGCAAAGGUUGAGGGUUCGUAAUAUUUCCAAGGCUGAGUAUCCAACUAUAGCUGCAUUUUCUGGAUUUAUUGCUCAGUUUGCAGUUCCUAGCUCUUCACUUUCUACAAAGAAAGAUGCGUCUAGCAUUGAAAUUGGCAAGCCAUUUUGUCCUACUAUGUUCGAAAUGGUUCUGAGGAAAUUUACCCCUGAUGUCCCAGCUACCUUCUCAGGCAGGCCACGGCAAGAAGAUGCACAAGAGUUUCUAAGUUUUAUCAUGCAUCAAAUGCAUGAUGAAUUACUCACUCUUGAUGGUCAAAAAAAUUUAGAUGGAGGAAAACCAUCUCUUGUUUCUUCAGAGGAAGAUGAUGGGUGGGAAACAGUUGGCCCAAAGAACAAAUCUGCUGUAACAAGAAUGCAAACCCUUGUUCCUUCGCAACUCAGUACAGUGUUUGGAGGGCAACUACGGAGUGUUGUGAAGGCCAAGGGAAAUAGGGACUCUGCUACCGUUCAACCAUUCCUUUUACUCCACCUUGAUAUCUUCCAUGAAGCUGUACAUACUAUCCAAGACGCUCUUUGCCUGUUUUCAGCCCCUGAGACACUUGAUGAGUACCAAACAUCAGUAACAGGGAAGGCUCGAAUUGGGACAGCCAGAAAAUCUAUUAGCAUACAAGCACUUCCUAGGGUCAUGGUUUUACACUUAAAGCGGUUUAUAUAUGGAAGUCAUGGAAGCACCAAAUUGCAUAAACCAGUGCACUUUCCUCUCGACCUGGUGAUAAGCCGUGAUUUGCUUGCUGCUUCAACUCAUGAGAGUCGGAAAUACGAAUUGGUUUCGACGAUAACCCACCACGGGAGGGAAGCAUCAAGGGGACACUAUACAGCUGAUGCCCGCUACCCUGACGGGAAGUGGUUACGGUUUGAUGAUGCCACAGUCACCACUAUUGGAGCAGGCAAGGUGCUGCAUGAUCAGGCAUACAUCCUUUUCUACAAACAAGUGUAGAGUAGUAUCUUAGCAGUUGCAGUAUAGUCGGCGGAUAUAUAUAUCGGCAGGGAAUGAGAACAUGGCUAAGCCGAUGAGUUAGCAAAGUGCAUUUCAUAUAUUGUAUUUCGUAUCCCAAUGGUGUAUUUGUUUGCCCACGAUCAAAUGAGGUAUGCAGUUCCCUAUUAGGAAAGGUAAUUUAAAUUGUACUGAGCAAUUUUGCUACUUCUAAUCUAACUAUAUGUAUCAGAAGUUUGUACAUUUCUUUCUUGAAUGCCAUUGUUGUUAUUGCAAUGGAAGACCGACCAUGGCUCCAAAAAUCUUGGAACCUUAACCGGAAC